AGCAAAUGAUGUAAUUGAAGUUACAUAACGGUGCACACUGCACAUUUUGUUUUCUCUUAAUCAUACGAAGAUAUAUAUUUUAUGUAUUCUUGCCAAUGUUCAUUUUAACUGGAUAGUUAAGAAAACAAAUAGAUGGAGAAAGUAUUAUUUUUCAAUUUCCUAAUUACUGUGGGUUUAGGAAUCACGUGUGCUAAGAAAUGCAUUGAGUGUGGAUUGGGCGUGAACUGUCCAGUUUUACCCGCGAAGGAUUGUGAAGUUGUAACAAGACCUUGUUCCUGCUGCAAAGAAUGCGCGCGCAGCGUUGGAGAACGAUGUUCUUGGUCCACUGUUAGGUGUGCCUCGGGAUUGAUGUGCAUCAAUGACGAUGGAGAGGCGCUUGUGCAUGUCCCUCGCUUCUUGACCUACUUUAAAGGAACAUGCCAAUUUGUUGUUAUUCAACCAGUUGUGGUGGAAAAUACUGACGUCACAGAAAGAAGAAAUCGUAUAUAACUCUAUGGAACAUCACAAGUAUUCAUGUAACUGUUAAACCAUUUUUUUUCUAAAUUGUAUCAAGGUAUACAUAUUUUUAAAAAUAUGCUUUUA